GGGAAGUCUGAAUGAGCUAGAGGUGUAAGCGAAACGUGUUUCAACCACUGGCAAAUGUGUCUCUUUUUCUCAGGAGUUGAUCGUACAACACAAUACUCAGCUUGCAAUGGAGUUUAGCGCCUCAUCCGUGUUCGACCAGCAGAAAGAUUCUGCUGAAGAAGUGGACCUGAGUUUAGUUUACCAAGCAGCUGCCAACGGGGAUGUCAACACAUUAACAGCAACCAUACGGGAGGAUCCCUCCAUCUUGGAGUGCUGUGAUGGCGAAGGUUCCACUCCGUUGAUGCAUGCAGUGUCAGGGAGGCAGGUGGACACAGUGAAGCUGCUUUUAAAGAUGGGCGCCUCUAUCAACACUCAGGAUGCUUGUGGACGGACCUCACUCUCACUGGCUACAUACUUGGGCUGGCUUGAAGGCUGUGUGUGCCUAUUGCGAAAUGGAGCCAAACAGAACAUCCCUGAUAAGAACGGCCGCCUGCCACUUCAUGCGGCAACCGCUGAAACUGACCUUAAACUCAUGGCAGUCCUGUUGCAGCAAUCCACUGCAUGUGAAAUAAACCACCAAGACAAUGAGGGCAUGACUGCUCUUCAUUGGGCGUCUUUCCAUAACCGUCCUGAGCAUGUGCAGGCACUCUUGCAGAAGGGGGCAGAUCCCACACUCGUGGACAAGGACUUCAAGACAGCCCUCCACUGGGCAGUGCAGAGUGGCAGCAGAUCCAUGUGUUCCCUGAUCCUGGAGCACCCCCAGGGCUCUUCAGUCAUCAACUAUGAUGAUGAGAAUGGAAAAACGUGCGUGCACAUCGCUGCAGCUGCUGGUUAUAGCGACAUCUUGUAUGAACUGGCACACUUUCCAGAAACCAACCUGCAGGCAUUAGAUGUGGAUGAAAGGACCCCUCUCCAUUGGGCAGCAGCAGCAGGGAAGGAUGACUGUGUUCGGGCCUUAAUACAGCAGGGAGUGGAGCCUGGACCCAGGGAUAUCAACGAGAAUACACCACUCACUUAUGCAAUGUACUGUGGCCACACUGCCUGCAUCAAACUCCUUUCUGUGGACAACAGAUCUGAUUCUGCUAGACCCCUGCCUACUCAGGGGAGUGACCAGACUCAGAAGAAGGAAGGCAAGUUCCGUAUGCUCAACCAAAUCUUCUCCUGCAAGAGGAAGAAGGAGCAUCACAUUGCCCGACAGAGAGAGCUGAGACGCGACUUGACCGAGGAGACCUCCGAGGUGGAUGACAUCAUCACCAUGUUCGACUGCCUGGUGGACUCCUCCUCCUCUUCCUUGAUGACCAAGGAGCUGGGAGAUGAAAGCUUCAGAAUGAGGAAAAGGCCAACGGAAACACAGAAGCUCCAUCUUCACGAUGACCCAACUGAGAAAGACUACAAUGGAUUGCCUCCCAUACGGACGCAAAGCCUUCCACCGAUCACUUUGGGGAACUCUUUGUUACAAUGCUCCCAGAAUGCUGUGCAGCAGAAUCAAGUCAAUGGACCACCAGUGAACCACUUUGUUCACCGGUCUCAGAAAAGCAAGAGCGAGCAUGACUUGUUUGACAGCAGGCCAAAGGGACAUGUUUUUGUCAACCAUACCUGGAAGACAAAGUCUAAUCAGUCUGUUUUGACCCAGAAGUGCUGGAUACCACCCCCUACAGAGAGACUGUUGAAUAAACUGUUACAUGAGACAUCCGGUCCUUUGGAUAUUGUUUGUCCCAACCAAGCCCCAUACACCCUGAAGAAUGAACAAGCUCCAAAGACACACCUGCUACCACUGGACAGGUUGAAGAUGAGGGAUACUGCUCUUACACGCAACAGUUUAGCUCCCAUUCGUGAUCACUGUACCCACCGGUUUUCUUUGCCACCCGACCAAGUCUCCAAAGGAGUGAAGAAGUCCAAGUCCUUGCCCCUCAACACCUUGGGUCGGGGUUCAGGGGGACUCCCCCCACCUGUCACCUCAAAGUCACAAAGGUCUGGGAUACCCCAAAGCCAGUCCCUCUGCUCUUUCUUGCCCAUGUUGAAUGGAGACCCUCUGAGGACUGUCCAGGUCCUUCCAGCCAUUCCCUCUCAAAGGAGACACAGCCCCCCUGUGACUGAAAGUAAAACGGAUGGCAUUGACAACUUGGAGAACAGAACCUGAUUCAACCAGAAGGCUCAUACUGUUUUUCGAAUGAGUAAUGGGGUUUACCUGAUGC